AUGAGCAGUGGCCUUCGAAAUUGUUCGAAAAUUCUUAAAAGAAAUGACAAUUCAACUGCUACGAUAGCUACCACCUCUACUGCUCCUCCUGCUAUUAAUGCAAUUUCAAAGGCAGCAGAUACGCUUAAUGUACCGGUAAUCAAUGAACCGAAAAAGCGUGGACGUAAACCUGCACUAGGCCGGCCAAUGCUGAUUCCGGUAGCGGCUAAAGAAGGUGCGGUGAAUGGUGAUGAUCAUGAUGGUAGUGCCGUAAAAGUAGAGAGGAUGACAGAACGUGGUAGAACGGUGAAUACUUCCGUAAUCGGCAAGUGUAAUAAUCAGCAGCAAACAUCUAGUACUAGUAGUAGUAGUACUACUACUACCGCUAUCGUUAGUAGCACUGCUAAUAUUACGGAUGAAAGUGAAUUGUUCUUGUCGAAAGUAUAUGAUGAUUUCACUCACUCCACUCCAUCCAUUGCAGCCAUGAAUAAAUCUGACGGAAGCAUACCUUUGGCAUCCACUGAUAGUGGCAUUGAUUCGUGUAUCGAAGUGGAUCACGAGAUGAAAGAUAUGACAACAUUGCGCGACGAUGAGGAAGCUUCACCUAGUGAGAACUGUAGCGAUGAUAUCGCUCCAGUGCCACAAUCCAGAAGUUCUAUCCAUUAUGAUCGUAUCGUUUGUGGUGACUGUCAUGCCGAAUUUUCGUUAUCGACAUUCGUGGAAUUCGUUGAGCAUAAGAUUUCACGCUGUGAUAGUAAGCGAACACCAUUGGAUGAGUUUCUUGCUAAUAUAUCACCAGCCCAUCCAUCCAGUGAAACCCUUCGUCUUGAUCGUCGACGACUUCUGGUCAGUUGUCGCCAUCCAACUGCAGAUUUGAGUAAUACGUGUUCCCGUUGCAUUCCACCGUCAUGUGGAAAUAAUCAGAAUGCUUCCUUCAUGUUGCCAACCACUGAAAGUCAACAAAAGCGUAACGACAGGGUUGAUGCUACUACAGAUACGGAUACCUUAGAUGCUAAACAAAGCAAUGUGUCUUCGAUUAGAGAAGGAUCGUUAACUUGUCACUCUUGUAAACAUGUCUGCAGUGAUGUUUGGAGUUUGCUGAAACAUGUCUUUAUCGCUCAUGGCCUUCGGAUUUGUGAGGAGGAAAUGUCAUGUAUGCCUCGAACGGAACUACCAAAAUCAACGGUAAUUACCUCAUCGUUAUCUUCAUCAUCGUCGUCGUUGUUAGCACCAAAAACAUCAAUACAUCCACCACCUCUCACAUUCGCAAGUCCAUUCACCACUUCCACUACGAAAAACAAACUAAACGGUAAAGGUGGCUUCAGUCUGAAUGCAUUUUGCUCCGAACGAUUAAAAGAGAUCGCUGAAAAAGCAGGAGAACCAUUGGUUGAUUUACGUCAUGUAGUAAAUCAAAGUGCGAUAUCGUCGAAAACUAGCGAACAUAUAAAAGCUACCAAUAUUAAAAGAACACAACAGUCAGAGAAUACCGAUGAAGAACAUGCGAGCAAUGGUAUCGCAUCAGCGACUGCUUCAACUACACCAUUUCUUCAUGGUUCAGCUCUCAAUAAUGUUUCCAAUUCACUUACCGCUGCUACAUUAGCUGCAGUUGCUUUACAACAGCAACAACAACAACAGCAGCAACAACAGCCUUCCUUGCAGAAUUUAUGGAUGCAACCGAAUAUACCAAAUAUGCUGGCGUUGAUGCAGGAAUAUUAUGCACAAUUUUCGUUGAAUAAUGCAGCAUCUUAUUUGCUUGGUGCUGGGAGUCCGUCAGUUACUCCUACGAAUAACAAUGGAAGUGCUUUUAAUGCAAUCACCAAAAUCACAAGCAGUCCUGAAGAGCCGUCACCUGUAGCACCAAAUUCCGCAACACAAUCACUUGGAUUAGCUGGUUUUGGUAGGUCCGAUACCACAACACAAGAUCAACUGUCCAGUCCAGGUGUGAAGCAAGGACCUUGGAAUGGUUUAGGGGCAUUUGGGAGCAAAAGACAGCGGUCGUCCAAUAACGGUUCUGAAACCUUGUCGCCAGCAACAUCAUCUGGAGCUCCGUUGCACAAUAAAUUGUCGAGGCUCGAUGAUGAGAGCAAUGAAGAUACAAAAUCGACCUUGUUAAAUGUUGUGGAGGGCGAUGAUCUAGCAUUCGCUGAGCCAGCUGCACGUCGUGAUACAAAUGCUAAAAAGGAUCGCUGCACAUUCUGUUGCAAAGUUUUCACGAAUCGUUCUAAUCUGAUUGUCCAUUUACGAAGCCAUACUGGAGAAAAGCCUUAUAAAUGUCGACUGUGUUCAUAUGCUUGCGCACAAAGUAGUAAAUUGACUCGGCAUAUGAGAACUCAUGGCCAACAGGGAAAGGAAACUUACCACUGCAACAUUUGUCAAAUGCCGUUUUCGGUGCACUCGACACUUGAGAAACAUAUGCGAAAAUGUGUCGUUGCAAAUAAUCAAAAUCGUGAGAAUAAUCAACAGUUUUCUCCCGCUGAGGCCUCAAACACAAUAGAUAGUCCAAACAAGGUGGCCGUUGCAACAGCAUCAACACUAGCUGAUGCAACAUCACUGCUUGCGUUUUCCAGUGUAUCUUUAAAUGGCUCACAAUUACCGCCAAAUAUCACUCAAAGCAAUAAAAUCGUCCUCAACUGGUUACAGGCAAUGAACGUGAAUCGUAAUCCAACUCCAGCUCCAACACCAACAAGUGGUGCAGGUAUUAGUUCUAGUGAUGGACAUCGUAUUAGUAGUAAUGGCAUGAUGCUUCCUACUGAAAAAGAAGACAGCAGAGGUACUGGUGGUGCUGCUGGAGGAGGUGAAGACGAGGAAAUGAUAGUUGAAGAAUGUGAAUCAUUUUCUGAUAUGCAAAAAACUCUUCUGAAACAGGAGACUGCCGCGUUAUCGUCAUGA